GCCGCUAUUGUUCUGAGUUCAGGAAAUGACGCUUUGACAGCUUCAAACAGAGGCGGCUUUGGUGUGGUUGUUGUAGCUCUCUUGUCAGACGAAAAUAAACCAUAUUUAUAUAGCUACCAGUAUUCUAUAUAUUUUAGCCAUUUUCAAACCCUUGGGAAUCAAUUUGUGUUUAGCCAUUUUCAAACCCUUGGGGAUCAAUUUGUGUUUCAGUCCGUGGGUGCGGUUCUACACUUUUUAUGUCGUAUUUUUCUUUCCCAUCAACAAUGCAACAGAAUGAGUCUGCAUGAGAUCAGUGAAAACGUGAAACUUGCUCGAGAGUACGCCUUACUUGGGAACUACAGUUCUGCUAUUGUUUGCUAUCAAGGAGUACUUGAACAAAUUAAGAAACACCUUUUUACAUUACGGGAUAGUAGCUUCCAACAAAGAUGGCAAAAGGUAUGGCAAGAGAUAAAGGAAGAAAACAAACAGGUUGAAGAAAUAAUGACAACUCUAGAAAAUUUUAAACUGGAGACCACCCCAUCUAAACCACCAAGUAAUGAAGAUAUUAUUCGUGACAUAUGGCCUGUACAAGUAGAAUGCAGAUCCUCUCCUCUUCCGGUUAGGGGGCCCCCGGUUCCCUACAAAGAGAGCAAACCUCACAACAACCGCCUGUAUGUGGCUGGUGUGCGGGCUCCGCAUCGCCAGUCACCACGCGGGCCCAAUGGUGACAGAGCCAAACCUUUGAAGGGCAAGGAAAAGAAAGAGGCCCUAGCCACACCAAAAGAUGACAAGAACAAAUUGGAAGUUUCCGAGAAAGAGAAAGAUGUGAAGAAGUUUGAUGGGCAAGGAUAUGACAAAGACCUUAUUGAGGCCCUGGAGAGAGACAUCAUAUCACAGAACCCCAAUGUUAAAUGGGAUGAUAUUGCAGAUUUGGAAGAAGCAAAAAAGCUUUUAAAAGAAGCUGUUGUGCUACCCAUGUGGAUGCCAGAGUUUUUCAAAGGCAUACGAAGACCAUGGAAGGGUGUGCUGAUGGUGGGUCCUCCAGGCACAGGAAAGACUCUUCUGGCCAAAGCUGUUGCGACAGAGUGCAGAACCACAUUCUUCAAUGUUUCAUCUUCUACUCUCACUUCCAAGUACAGAGGGGAGUCUGAAAAACUGGUCCGCCUUCUAUUUGAAAUGGCCCGGUUCUGUGCUCCCACCACCAUAUUCAUCGAUGAGGUUGACUCCAUGUGCAGCCGCAGAGGAACGUCAGAGGAACAUGAGGCUAGCCGACGGGUGAAGGCAGAGCUGCUGGUCCAGAUGGAUGGUGUGGGAGGAGCAUCAGAGAAUGAGGAUCCCUCUAAGAUGGUGAUGGUGCUGGCAGCCACUAACUUCCCCUGGGACAUCGAUGAGGCUCUGAGGCGACGUCUGGAGAAAAGAAUCUACAUCCCUCUGCCUUCAGCCAAGGGCAGAGUGGAGCUGCUGAAGAUAAACCUAAAGGAGCUGGAGCUGGCCAAUGAUGUGGACAUGGCCAAGAUAGCAGAGCAGAUGGAGGGCUACUCAGGAGCAGACAUCACCAACGUGUGCAGGGACGCCUCUCUGAUGGCCAUGCGGCGAAGGAUCGAGGGGCUGACGCCAGAGGAGAUCCGUAACAUCUCCCGAGACGAGAUGCACAUGCCCACCACCAUGGAGGACUUUGAGUCUUCUCUGAAGAAAGUGUCUAAGUCUGUAUCAGCUUCCGACCUGGAGAAGUAUGAGAAGUGGAUUGAAGAGUUUGGCUCCUGCUGAAAGUUAAUCAGGAAGCCUGCAGCACCUCAAAUCUGCAGAGGAAUUAGUGGGAGGCUCAGUAUAUGUUCUGGGAACAAUACUUUAACUCAUGUCUUCCUCUUUGUAAAUGAUUUAUAUUUUAGGCUAGGUGAUGCGACAUGCCUUAAAGUAGGGUAACAAACUGCUUCUCUUGGAAAAUGUCCUCCUGGAUACAGUCCAUAUACCACACCCAUAGGUACCUUGUAUUGAUUAUAAACAGGUUAUCAACAUAAAUAGAAUGGUAAACAUUUAGAUUUAUGUCAUACCAGUGGUGUAGUCUGAUAUACAAUGCUGUUUCAGCCAAUCAGCCAAUUGACAGAGCCAAUUGAAAUGCUGUUUCAGCCAAUCAGCAUCCAUGACCCAAACUACAUGGUUUACAAUAUACAAUUAGUCAGUCUCAUGGGCAUAACAAAAUUGGUAGAAAACAUUCACAGAUUUGUGUUCAAUAGGUUUUUAUUAUGGGUCCACAGAGCUAAUCCUAUAAUCCUUACUAUUUGCCUUGAACACCUUUUGCUACCAAAGUAUCCAGUGUCUUUGGGUUUUAUCUGGUGAUGGGCUUUUGGGAUAUCUGUUAAUCAAAGUUACACUACCUGAAACCGUUUAUUUUAUGCACUUGAUUGUAUUUUCUUAAUGUGUAUUUAGGGGACUACCUGGUUCAAAUUUGAAUGUUUAUACAAUCAUAAACACUAACAAUUUUGUUAAAGUUUAAAGUAAAAUAUGACUUGCAUUGACAAGGCUUCCAUGUGCUUUGUGUAGACUGAGUGAAUGUCACAAGAACAUUUACAUAAACAUUUUUAUUGAGCAGGA